GAGGGAGAGGAGGCGCAGCCCCGGUCCGGCGGCGCUCGGUAGGGAUGGGAUCCGGUAAAGCCCCGCCCUGGAGCCGGGAGGAGCGCGGCUGGGAGCCUCCCGGUGACCCCGCUGACAGAUGCCCCCCAACCCCCUCCUCCUUCUCCGCUUUGCUCUGGGCUCCGUGCUCCUAGUGCUGCCGGUGUGAACGUGUCUGGAACGUCGGCAGCUGCCUGCUCCUGACGAAUAUCAGCCAUGGUGUGCCCAGCAGGAGCAGGAAAGGGAUUAACCCCCGGCGAGGCCAUACUUCGAAUCCUGGGUUCAGUUUUGGGCCCCUCACUCCAAGAAGGACAUUGGAUAAGCUGGAGCAGGGCCAGAGAGGGAACAGAGUAGGGGAAAGAGCUGGAGCCCAGGGGUUCUGGGAGCAGCUGGGGGUCCUGGGGCUGUUUAGCCUGGAGAUGACGAGGCUGAGGGGAGACCUCACCACUCUCUGCAGCUCUCAAAAAGGAGGUUGUGGUGAGGUGGGUGCUGGUCUCUUCUCCCAAGUGACAAGUGAUAGGAUGAGAGGAAAUGGCCUCAAGUUGUGCCAGGGGAGGUUUAGAAUGCGUAUUAGGAGCAAUGUCUUUACUGAAAGGGUUCUCGGGCAGUGGCAGAGGCUGCCCAAGGCAGUGUUUGAGUCUCCAUCCCUGGAGGAGUUUAAAAGAUGGGUUGAUAAGAUGCUCAGGGAUAUGGUUUAGUGGUGGACAGAUGCGGUUGGACUCGAUGAUCUCAAAGGUCUUUUCUAACCAAACAAUUCUAUGAUUCCUCCAUAAGGGGAACCCACUCCGGGGCACCUGGUGUUCUCCCUCAGGAACUGUGGGGCAUGAUGCUGAGGAAAUUCCUGUGUCCAAGCCCUUCUGCAGUGAAAUAAAACCAUCCCUGGGUGAACUCCCUGUCUGGGGUGUUGGAUAAGGAGAUACACAGCCUGAGGUGUGCCUUUUGCUGUAUCAGAGCCAGAGCGCUAUGGAGCAGUACACUGCGAACAGUAACAGUUCCACGGAGCAGAUCGUUGUGCAGGCUGGGCAGAUUCAGCAGCAGGUCCAGGGUCAGCCCCUGAUGGUGCAAGUAAGCGGAGGGCAGCUGAUCACAUCCACGGGCCAGCCGAUCAUGGUGCAGGCUGUGCCCGGAGGUCAGGGCCAGACAAUCAUGCAGGUCCCGGUGUCUGGAACGCAGGGGCUGCAGCAGAUUCAGUUGGUCCAGCCAGGUCAGAUUCAGAUUCAAGGUGGGCAGGCUGUGCAGGUACAGGGGCAGCAGGGCCAGACCCAGCAGAUCAUUAUACAGCAGCCCCAGACUGCAGUUACUGCUGGCCAGACACAGGCACAGCAGCAAAUAGCAGUUCAAGGGCAACAGGUAGCACAAGCCACUGAGGGCCAGACCAUAGUCUAUCAGCCAGUUAACGCUGAUGGAACCAUUCUGCAACAAGUUACAGUCCCUGUUACAGGCAUGAUCACCAUUCCUGCAGCCAGCCUGGCUGGAGCCCAAAUUGUCCAGACAGGAGCCAACACCAAUACAACCAGUAGCGGUCAAGGGACCGUCACAGUGACGCUGCCAGUUGCUGGGAAUGUUGUCAAUUCAGGUGGAAUGGUUAUGAUGGUACCUGGAGCUGGGUCAGUCCCUGCUAUCCAGAGAAUACCUUUGCCUGGAGCAGAAAUGCUGGAAGAGGAGCCUCUUUAUGUAAAUGCCAAGCAGUAUCAUCGGAUCCUGAAGAGGAGGCAGGCACGGGCUAAGCUGGAAGCAGAGGGAAAAAUUCCCAAAGAAAGAAGGAAAUACUUGCAUGAAUCCCGGCAUCGUCAUGCCAUGGCCAGAAAGCGGGGAGAAGGUGGACGUUUCUUUUCACCAAAGGAGAAAGACAGCCCUCACAUGCAGGAUCCAACUCAGACCAACGAAGAAGCUAUGACACAGAUGAUCAGAGUCUCCUAACCACUGCUGAAAGAGAAAAAGUAACUCUGUAAAAUUCCCAUCCCUUCUGCGAGCCUGUCCUACCUUCCCAGUGUGUCAAGUGAGUCUUUCAAUGGGACAAUCGUCAUAUCACAGCCUACACUUUUCUACAGAACAAGCACCACGUUUUCAGUACGUGGUUGAGAUUUUAACUGCGGUUGACUCAACAAAUAGAAACUUAACAACAUUCUUGAUAUACUCUUCUGAUCCAGUGCAGGGAUUUCGGAGUCUGACUUCAUGCCUUUUUUUUUUGUUCCCCUCUUCAACAUCCUUUGCAUUAACUGACCGUGGAUGGAUGGGAAUUGAGAGUGCGCCGCUGAUGGUGAUCGACACUGACUCUGGCAUGCCGGAGGGCCAUCAGAGACUUCUUGGGGUGAUGGUCCUUCUGUACAGUCACUGCUGUUUGUAGCAGGCUGUGGCUACACAACAGUAUUCUUAUGUUCCUGACAAAGACUCGGUUUCCAUCCACUCCCUACACUUCUGGACUUCAUUGUCAAUGGAACUGUUCCCUGUUGUUGAACGUGCACUUCGGAAACAGGCAGAAACUGAAGGGAGGUUCUCUUAAGUCUAACUUGUAAAAUACGUAAACAGCAAACUUCUCUGGGAAAAGGUCAGCCAGCCCAUCCCAGUGAUAGAAAUGUUUAAGGAUUAUUGCAGGACUUGAGGUACUGUGCAUCCGUUUCAAGAAAUAAGAGCAGAGAGGGCAAUGUGGGGAUAAGGAUUUGAUUAGUGAAAGCAAUCUUGUGGUGUUUUUUGGUAUGUUUAUUGCCAGUAGGUAGUGCUUUGGAAGAAAAGGAGAUGCUAGUCUAAAAAUGGGUAAAACAGUGAAGGGAGUCACUUCCAAAGGAUUGUUUUUAAUCUUCCUUCUGACCUGUCAGUCUAGUGCAUGGUUCCUCUAGAAAAGAGAAGAUCUGCAGUCUCAGAGUGACAGCACUUGACCAGCUGUGUGACGGUGUUCCUUGACGUCUGUCCUGAAUCAGUUCUGCAGUUCUCAUUCUGCACAGAGUGAGGGAUUGUUUCGUGACAGCAGAAGCAUCGGGUGACUCAGCUCAGCUCAUCCUGAUGUGACUGGAGGAUGAUUAAACAAAGGAAGGCACAAAUUGAUAAACCUUCCAGGCUUUUUAUAGACUAUUGUCUUUGAAAAAAAUAGCACUUAAUGAAGGAGCAGUACUUACAUUUUGAAAAAGGAUUUUUUAUCACCUCUAGCUGGCUUCUGGCUGAGUAACUUGACAAAACAUAUCUUUAACUCCGUAGCUCAUUAUAGAUUUUAAGCUUAUUCCAUUCUUACUGAUUUGAAAUUUGGCGGUGGAAGCAAUUGUUCAUAAGCAUUUGAACAGGAGAUACUUGAAUCUCCCCAUGCCCAACUCCUCUCAUCUUGAAUGCGUUUUACAGGCUCUCCGUGUGUCACCUGCACGCGACAGUCCCAUCCCUUCCACCUUUUGUAUUCUCUAAAACAUAAAACUGCAUCCCAGCAAUUAAGUGUGGGAUUGGAAAUACUGACUGACAUCGUCAUUGAGGGAAGUGCUAAAGUAGCAGAGAAUGGGGGUGUAUUUGAAGACGGUAUUCAAGGGUGGGAGAGACAGGUUUAAUUUCAGUGGAGUCUGUUUUCAAGCGAUAAAAAAGAAAAUGCAUCUUGAUAAUUGCAAUCUGUAUUAUCUCUCUCCCAUGUUUUUCCCAUUUGUUGAAAGGUUAUGACUAAAUGCAGCAAGGAGGAUAAAUGAGCAAGUUGUAGAAGACUGGGAGGAUACAAAAAGACACAGCCUUGAAAAUUGAAUUUGCUUUGGCUAAAAGAGACCAAUAUUGCACCUAGGAGUAUGAGACGAUGGGACGGAAUGCAAGAGGAUAGAGCAGAAAGGUGCAGUGCUAGAGUCUCCGUUGGCAGCGGAUAAUCUUGGAGGAAGAGCACACCUGCCUGCAUACGAAGGGUGACAGUGUUUAGCUGAGCUGUCCGUGGAGGUGCGUAGCCAGUGAAAGAGCAAAGCAGCAGCACAGGUUUGGUAUUAGUAGUUAGGCAGCUGGCUUUUCUAAAUGCAGUUCAGUUCAUGUUUCUGAAUGUUUAGUUCCAUGUCUUUCCCCUUAGACAGCUGACGUGGUGAGCUGAGGGAGAGCCUGCUUGGCAUAUGUUGGGUGGCACCUGAAACGAUUCGAGGAGGUAGCCUGUUCUUGAUGUGUGAAUAAACUUCUAAUUUUGUCUUAAAUUACCUUAAAAAUCUAUCACUCUGCUCACAAGUCUUAGGAUUUUUUUCUACUGAUGGAAAAGGUGUUUUUUAACCUCCAUUGCUUUGGUGGCAUCUUUGGUGCCUUUGGUUGCUUCCGCCUUAAAAUAUGUGGCCAAUUCGAGCAUGGUGCUUAUUCUCUUCAGUUGGCAUCUAUGAAAUCCUUACCUCGUGUUUCUCGUGAGGUCACCCGUUUCAGGAAAUGUGUAGUUCUCUUAGUGAAGGAAUAACAAAAAAUUGGCUUUAGUUGAACUUGCAGCAUUUUUGUAUAUAGUACUUGAGAGCACCUGUACAUUUUGUCAGUGCGUAUUCAUGUGCUGCAGUUUUUUUUUUUAAUGAAUAUUUAGUUUUCUUAAAGAACUUGUAAACUUCUAAAUCGCUAGGACUUUUUUUCCCUGCUAAGCCCUUCAUAUAUAGGUUCUGAUCCAUUGUUGUAGAAUGCAUUUUAAGACCUAUGGAUUCGUUACAUAGGAAGUUUUGUCGUUACUGAUGUGAAAGCCUGCGUGCUGCCGUUCUGUUUUUCAUUUGCUUUGGGUUCUGUGUGUUCACUUCUAAAGGCAGUGUUUGCUUGUUGAGAUUGGAGUCACCAGCCGUGCUGUGUUACUAAAAAAAUCUGCUUUCUUUGUCCCUGGUAAAUCAUAAUUGGAGACAUCCUCAAAUUCAAACCUGUUAUAAUUAAAUGAGAAUUCUUUGUGGAUUUGCCACACUAGAGAAAAAAAUAUACUUUGGGAGUGCAUAAAAGAGUGGAUGAGGAUGACGGAGAGGCUUGCGGAGAAGGAAAAGUGUGGUUAAUUGACUUAGAGAGUCUUGGAGCAGUGAAUGGCUCGAAAUGCAGUUUAAAUGAGUGUAAAGAAGGGGAUGUGGGAAAUGCUCCUCUAGUGAUGCAAAAUAGUUUCAAAUCCUUCCAUUGUAAAAAGAGGGGGGUGAAUAAUAUCUUUUCUUUGUGAAUGGCUGUGGGAGGGUACUGAGGGUAAUGUCGUGUCAGGCAAAGUUUGUAUAUAGUUAAAAGUUUAUAAUUUCUUUUAUACGAUGCAUUUUUUCAAGUGUAUUUUGGUCUUUAAUAGAGGCUAUUGUAAGUACUGUUUACACUAUUCAGCUAAUAAAAAUGUAUAAA